AUGCUCCUCCGCCGGUUCCAACCCGCAGCGGCCCGUCCCCUCCGCUCCGGCGCGAUCCCACCACCUCAAGCGCAGCAACUGCUGCAGCUCCGAACCCGCGCCUUCACGACCUCGCGGAGUCUUCAAGAUGACGCCGCUUCGCUGAAUUACUAUGAGAUCUUGAAGGUGUCGCACAAUGCCUCGCCCCCCGAGAUCAAAAAAUCCUUCUACGCCCUAUCCAAACUCCACCACCCAGACCAUAACCCCAACGAUCCCAACGCAUCCCGCAAGUUCCAAGAGAUAGCAGAAGCGUAUGCUGUCCUUGGCACACCCGCAAAACGAGCAUCCUACGAUCGUAGUCUCCCCUCGGCCGCCCGUUCGGCCCACAGGCACGGCUCAUAUCACAGUAGCACCGGCCCUGCCGGUGGGCGUCCGGCGUCAGGCCUCUCCCGGAGGAAGACGACCUUCCGCGGUCCGCCGCCGAGCUUCUACAGGUCUGGAGGAUGGGGCAAUCAAUCCGCGAAGCGGAGGGAGGCGCACGAGAGCAACACUGGCCCCGGGGCGACUGGUGCUGAGCAAGAGCGUCCGGGUAUGGGUUUCGGUCAGGAUCCGUACUCCCAUACGAGGCAUGCCGAUGUGGGGCAUUUCGAUCGGCGAGGACACACCAAGACGCAGCAGAGUCAGGAUUCGAGGCGCGCCCAUAGAAUCAUGGGGCAGGAGGUGACGAUCGGGGCUCAAGAGACGUCAGUGGGUGCCUUCUUGGCCGUAAGCGGCGUUUUGUUCUUUUCGUUUUUCAUUCCGUACAUGUUGUUUGUCGGGCCACGUCGGAACAAAGAUAAGAAGUCAUGA